AGAGUUCCCAUUCGUAGAACUCUCUCAAUCUUCUCUCUCUGGUCUCUGUUUCGAGUUCUGCGACUCGCUCCCAGUUUUAGCAUUGGACAUGGUCGGGAGCGGUGUCCUGACCUGUGGUCGGACCGCGAGUGGGAGGAGUGCUGUUGGUGAAAUGAAAUGCCUGAAGCCAGCGAGUUGCCGUAAUCUACUGUAUGAAUAUAUGGUAAUUGAUGGCUUAUUCUCUUUGGUUCCUCUUUUAAGUUCAUGAUUUCACUAAAAUCUGUUCAACUCUUGUCAACUUCUCUAAUGGAAGAGAGAGGUGCUUAAAACAAGCCAAAGCAUAUUGCAAUUGCUGUUCUUCGAAAGAUAACUGAGACAUUGUUAGAUCGGGGUGGUGUUACAGGCCAAUUGUAUAUGCUGAGUUGGAAGAAUGCUGCUCCGUUUGUUAAGGAGUCUGUUGAGUUUGUUAAUUGUUAGUUAGCUAAGAAUGAGGCUUAGUGUAGUCUGGCGGUUGUCUUUAGGGUUUUGCGCAGAGGGAGAAAAGGGGCAGGGGUCAGAAGUGUUUCUUCUCCGAUUGUUGGGUUUGGCAUGAGGGGCGUUUUCCUAAAGCAGAAAGUCAACUAAACAUUGAUACGGGCCAUGAUGGAUUUGGGCUUUGGCUUAGAGAAAGUGGGGGAUUAGCCUAACAAGGUUAAAUGGCCCAGCACCAAACCAAAAUCCCCGUUUUUUUAUUUGUUUCGCAACUUUUUUGAGUAAAGGUGUAAAAAAGUA